ACUUAUUCUUGAUGCAAUGCUAUUAAUGUGAGAGAGAGAGAGUGAAUAAGUGAGGAACUGCGGAAAAGGAGCGUCAACUGGUUGUUCUCCAAUGGUGAUCGAGGCCUACAAUGUGAAGAGUGAGAUCAAGUUCGACCAGCAGUCAGAUGUCAACUCCGUCUCAUUCAAUGCCACUGGGGCUCUACUGGCCGUCUGCACUUGUGACCGCAAAAUACACCUACUGGGUGCCAAUGCAUCUGGCUCAUCCUUCGAACACUUGCCAGUGUCGCCACUGAAUGCCAAGUCUGAGCACCACUCGUACGCAGUGUCCUGUUGCACCUUCAGUCCCCUCAGUCCAUUAUUAGCCACCUGUGGCAUAGACGGAUGUCUGAUUGUGUGGGACCUCCUAGAUGUCUCCCAGCCCACCAUCUACUCCAAGUACCAGGCAGGCCAGUUCAAGUGCUGUCGCUUCUCCCCCCAUCCGGAUGUGCCACUGGUGGCUGCGGGAGACGCAGAGGGAGUGGUGCACCUGUACGAUCUGGUCAGACGCACAGUCAGACACAAACUGAAGGGACCCCAGGGCCAGAUCACUGGACUCGCAUUCAGUCCCGACGGUCUCUGGCUUCUAGCUGGUGCAUCUGGAAUGGGCACUGGUGAUCUAUGGCUGUGGUCCACAACUAAAUUACCGAGUCAGUUGCAAGAAGUGUCGUCUGCCCAUGCACAUGCAGUGGACACCUGUGCCCAUGAGAUGGGAGUGUAUUGCAUCCAGUUCUCCCCCUCCUUCUCCAGUGGGGACAGUGCACACCCUAGUGGACUUCUGUUGGCUACAGGGGGUGGGGAUAACUUGGCCAAAUUAUGGACAGUCCUCCCACAUGUCAGGGAAAAUUCCAGGGUGCAGUUGCGUGCUAAACUGGAAUAUCACACGUACAUGGUGAGUGAUGUGGACUUCUCCUCUGAUGGGCAGCUGUUGUGUACUGUGUCUGUGGACAAGAGAGUCCUAAUCUGGGACCCACACUCUGCAGAACUGCUCCAGGUGCUCGACGGACACCUCAGAUUCAUCUACACGUGCAGUUGGAACCCCUUCCCCGACAGGAGUGCGGGGGGCAAUGCGAGAGUGCUGGCCACUGGGGGUAAUGACAAGAACGUCCUCAUCUGGAACAUAUUUGUGAGGGGAGAGGGAGACCUGAUGCGCUUCACAAACUCACACAACACCCUACCUGAUGAUCAGAUGACACUGACCUCUGCUGCUGCGAUUAGCAAUGGAGAUGGCAGUGGUGGAGGUGGGGGUGUGAGUGAGAGUGAGGGGGGAGUGCUGCCAGAUGAGUUCUUCUGUCCCAUUUCUCAUGAGGUGAUGGGGGAUCCAGUGGUGGCAUCAGACGGAUACUCCUACGAACGAGUCGCUCUACAGAAGUGGUUUUUGACCAGUCACACUUCGCCUAUCACCAACCUGCCUCUGCCUUCUCUCCAACUCAUUCCCAACAGGACCCUCCGCAGUCUCAUCAAGACACAACUGGAGAAGACACAACUUCCGGUGGAUAAAGACAAUGAAACAAACCAGAAGGAGAUAAAAUCGACGACACACUAAACAUACCCUAUGAACUAACGUUGUCAAAUGUUUUAUUCAGAUUUGAAAGCACUUACUGCGCUUCACUUUUUCCUACGUGUGAGUGAACGUUGGAUUCAGUGAAUUUGUUUGGGUAUUUUUAGGUGCUUAUCACAGGUCUAAAACAGAGGCCUAGUAAACCCAUACUUCAAGCUUUUUUUCCAAAAAAAAACAAGAUAGCGUGUUUGAUAUUGAGGUGUUAAAAACAACGUGGAUACUGCAACUUGAAGACAAUUGAUUUAUAA